UGACAUGUCUGCUACAGUACAUAAAGAGUAUUCUUUGAGUGUUCUUGAACAUCGCGCAACUAUAGAACCAGAGUUUAAGGAACAACUGGAUGAUAUCUGUCAUGGAAGUAGUGGCAUUCUUUUCUUUCCAUCUUUAGGUAGUUGCGAUAAUGAAGCUCAAAGGAAAGUCAAGGAAAACUGGAAAAAUCUUGCGCAGGUCUACAAACCUUUUUGUGUGUUUCUUCUUUACGGUUCUGGUGGUGGAGGUCACCUUGCAAGUGCACAAGCACUGUUCGACUUGAUAAAGUUUGCAAAGGAAAGGCAUCCUGAGUGGCAUUGCUUUCUUUGGGAUGUAACAGAGUUGGCAGGAAUUUCUCUCAGUGGCGCUUUAUAUAAUAUUGCAUUGGAAUGGGAUCUUUUACCCUUUGUUGGCGCCCUCUAUUCAGUUGCCAAAGUAUUUAGACCUUUGUUGGAUCCUGUUUUUUCUACUCGUUUGAAAGGUCGAUGGAAGCGUUUGCCUAAACCAGAUUUGGUUGUUUCGUUUGUUCCCUUUUUGAAUAGCGCUAUCAUAAACUCGUUGCCAGAUUCUCAACAUAUAACUGUCAUGACAGACUUUACUAAUACGGCUGCUCAUCCUUGGUUACAAGACAAACGCCAAAAGGUUCUCUGCGGAACGGUGACUUCCAUCCAGCAAGCCAUACGUCAAGGAUACGAUGUCUCGCACUUGAAGCCCAUCAGUGGUAUGGUUGUACAUCCACGUUUCUACAAAAGCAGCAAUGUGGAUAUUCCAUAUUUAAGAAGGAAACUGUUGGGUAGUAAUGUGAAUCAUUCAACAGAAGAGAGACUAACCAUCUUAAUACUGAUUGGUGCUUAUCCCCCUUAUUAUACUACUCAACAAAUUAUUUCUUGCUUUUCUGCAACUUGUAGUCACCAGUUGGGUGUUUUGAACGUUAUAUGUAUUUGUGGUGGCAACUCUCGCCUUUAUCAAGAAUUGAGUAGACUCAAGUGUCAAGGCCCAGCAUUUUAUAGAGAGAACUUGUUUUUGUUGGGAUACACUAAACAAGUAGCUGAAUAUAUGCGUAUCAGUGAUAUUAUUAUUACAAAACCUGGUCCAGGAGUAGUAGCAGAAUCUUGCGUCAUGAAAGUUCCAUUAAUUAUCUUAACCUUGAAUAAUCAAUUAAUGGAGCAAGAAGAAGAAGUCGCCAAUUGGGUGGUUAAACAUGGAAUAGGUAGAAAGAUUGUAUUUUUUGAUCAACUUUUGAAUAUAACGAAAGAACAAAUCUUAAUGUGGAAACACAACAUGGAAAGUUUAGGAGAGAAUAGAGCAGUAUUUGAAGUUUUGAAAGAGUUGGAAACUUAUGCCAAGUAACUUUAAAUAUUUUUGUAAAUAAGAAAUUGUCUCUGCCAUUG